CAUCUUCUUCCCUAAAUGAUGGCAUCAACAAUGGCCACCGCCGGCAGCACAAUCACCGGUCUAGGCGGUUCUUGUCUGUCUUCAUCACCGGUGAGACGCGGUUCUUGUCUGUCUUCAUCACCGGUGAGACUGACCUCAGGAUUCCUAAAGGCUCCGGUUAGAGCCAGGAACCCUUUGAUGGUUGCAAAAGCCUCAGGGGGGAAGUUUACAUGUUUCGAGAGGGAUUGGCUACGGAAAGAUCUGAACGUGAUUGGGUUUGGGUUGAUCGGAUGGUUAGCACCUUCGAGUAUUCCGGCGAUCAACGGCAACAGUUUGACCGGACUCUUCUUUUCCAGCAUUGGGACUGAGCUUGCUCACUUCCCAACUGGACCUGCUCUCACUUCUCCAUUUUGGUUAUGGCUGGUUACUUGGCACUUGGGAUUGUUCUUGGCAUUGACUUUUGGACAAAUUGGAUUCAAGGGCAGGACUGAAGAUUACUUCAGUAAAUAAAUUAAUUAAGCAAAUAAUAAUAAUAUGUAAAAAGUGAACUACUUUGUUUGAGUAUUUGUUAAUGAAUGUUUCAACUUCUUUUGUUUCA